AUGGUAGUCCUCAGCGUGAUAAAACUUGUUGUGAUGGUUGGAAUUCUUAUGGGUAUCACAUCAGAAUUGGUCGGGGCUCAGUCGGUCGAUAGUAUGGUCACACCGGAAUUUUUCGAUCGGAUAAUUAGCCAGGCCGGUACAGGUUGUGCCGGGAAGAAAUUUUACACACGGGAUGCGUUUCUUGAAGCUGCUAAAUCGUACCCUGAUUUCGGUCAUGCUGGGACUGUAACCAAAUCAAAGCGUGAGAUUGCCGCAUUCUUUGCUCAUGUAACUCAUGGAACAGGACACUUUUGUUACAUUGAAGAAAUAGCUCGAGGAACCCACUGUCUAAAUAGCACAAGCUAUCCAUGUGCUCCUGGCAAGAAAUACUAUGGACGAGGGCCUAUUCAGCUUACAUGGAAUUACAAUUAUGGAGCGGCAGGCGAGAGCAUUGGGUUUGACGGUUUAAACAAUCCAGAGAUCGUAGCAAGCGAUGUUACCAUCUCUUUCAAGACAGCCCUUUGGUUUUGGAUGAAUUAUGUUCAUUCCCCUAUAACCUCAGAUCUAGGUUUUGGUCGUACAAUUCGAAGAAUCAACGGGGGUGAAUGUCAUGGUAGAAACGAGGCAGUAGUUCGCCUCAGGGUGGGGUAA